UAGCUUUGGUAACUAUUGGUAAUUUAGACAUUAAGGAAUUAUGUAUAAAAUUGCUAUAGGUGCCUGUGGUUAAAUUGUUUUACUAAGAUUUCACUUCUAGAGAACUGAAGAAUUUACCAAAGUAAAAAUGGUCUAGUGUUAUUACUUGAUUUAUAAAAAUGAAUAUGUCACAGUUAAUAUUAACAAUACUAUACUCUGAGGUACAGAUUAGAAAAAUAUGCCCCUUAUUUGUAACAAUGAAUGGAGUGACCAAAUCUAUAGUUUUUCAAAUCUAUGACUAUUAUAUAUUUUUCUGUACCAGGUAACUUUUUUUUCUUUUUUGAGUCAGAGUCUUGCUCUGUCACCCAGACUGGAGUGCAAUGGUGCAAUCUCAGCUCACUGCAACCUCCACCUUCUGGGUUCAAAUGAUUUUCAUGCCUCAGCCUCCCCAGUAGCUGGGAUUACAGGCGUGUGCCACCACACCCAGCUAAUUUUUGUAUUUCAAUAAAGAAAGGGUUUCACCAUGCUGGCCAGGCUGGUCUUUAGCUCCUGGCCUCAAGUGGUCUACCUGCCUCAGCCUUCCAGAGUGCUGGGAUUACAGGUGUGAGCCACAUUGGCCAGCCUGUACCAAGUAGCAUUUAUUUCUGUGUGCAGGAAUAUACAUGUGCUUGUUACAGAAUUGAGUUUAUCAUAUUCUAUCACCAUGUAUUUCCCAUAAAUCUAUUAAGGUAAAAUAUGUGCCACUUAUCAUAGUUUGCUGUGAUUACAUAUUUAUACAUAAACCUAUAUGAUCUUGGAAUUUGGAGCCUGGGUGGUGGCCUGAGAGUCUGUGUGUAUGAAUGUGGGUGGAGAGAGUGAGGCAUGGAUGGUUUCUAUUUUUUUCUACUGGAGUGCCAUUCUUCAGUUUCUUUUCUGGAGAGUCGCUGUGAACACUGCUGUGGGGCUGCUCCCUGUGUGUGGCUCUGCCUCAGAACCCACGGAGUCAGCUCCCAGACCUGCUCCAUCUCUGGUUACAAGUCAGUGUCGUAUUUGCUGGAAGUUAAGAGACAGGGCCCUGUUGAUUACUCUGUGCUUCAGUUUGCCCUUAUUAGUAUUUCUUGGUUCUUCCAUCAGUGAGUUUGAUUUCUUCACCAAAAAAUAAUCUUGCACAGAGUCACGAUCCUCCCGGCUUUUACAAAACACUGAGCUUUGGAAAGGAAAAUGAUUACUCAUCACAAGUCUAAACAGUAGGAUAAAAUGUUCCCAUUUAGAUCAAUCAGGGGCCAAUUUAAUUUUCUAAUGAACUUUAUAAUUGCUUUCCUGGUCUGCCUUUAGGGACUAUUAUUAUACGAGAUUUUCUUCUUUUUAAUGUUUCUAGAAGUCAGAUUUUCAUCUUUGCCAGGAAUUAGAGGAUCUAUAAAUGUGUGAAAAAGAUGAGAAACAAAGUCACAGAUCAUCUUGAUGAUGAUGGUCUUACAGUUUUGCAGAAGGUUGAAAAGGCAAUAGAUAUAACAAAUUCACGUUCUUGUUAUUGAAAUGGACAAAUUAGAAUUCUAGAUUCAAUACACACUGUGUUUAGACUUAAUAAACACCUUCGAUAAACUUAUUCAAUAUUUUUUAAAUUGACAACCUAUUUUGGGGGCUGCAUAUACUGUAGAGAUCAAAGUAGGCAUUUCUUUCUUUUUUUCUGAAAUAAAUACAAUCCUUAGGACAAAUUAGGCAUUUCUUACCCUCUUGGGCUUCUAUAAAUCAAUAUGUAAUCAAAUUAAGAUAAGUACUGGGUGCACGUGGAAGGAAGACAGAUUGCCUUCAGAGAGUGGGGGAGUCCAGAAGUCUGCUCUAAAGACAAGAUGUUUAAAAUUAAACCUGCAAUGUCCAUCUGAAUUAAGGAGGUCCAGAACAGGGUGAAGGCAGGCAUAGCAGCAUGAACCGAUAUCCUGAGGCAGGAAAGGGCUGGGUUUGUCACCAAGAGUAACACAAAGGUCAUUGUGCUGGAGCACACUGAGGAGGGUGAGUGUUGCAAGACAAGGCUUGGCAUAGUGUAGGAGAGGUCAGAUGAUUCAGGGCCUUACAAACCAUAUUAAUUUAGGUGUUCCAAAGUUUGGAGAGUAGAUUAGAAGGAAUAAGAACAUUUAGGAGAUGGUGUCAGGUCAUUGGCUUUAGGUUGGAAACAAGAGAUGACAGUAGCUUGGACUGAGGGUUGACAGUGGAACAGAAGAGAUGUGGAUGGACUUGAGCUCUAUUUAGGAAUUAGAACCAACAAAAGUUGACACGGGUUAGAUUGUGGUAUUAGAAGAAAGGAUUCAUUUCAGCAUCAUGGCAAGAACAAGUGAACGGAUGAAGGUGUUUUCCUCUAGGCGGAAUAGAUUUGAGAGAGGAGCAACAGUUUAGUUUUUUGAUGUGUGAAGGUUGAAAUGAGUCUGUGAGCUAUCUUGGAGACGUCAAGUAGGUGGUUAGAUACAUAGUAGUUGUUUAUCUCUUGCUGCAUAAUAAAUUAUUAUGAAACUUAGCAACAAAUCUAUAUUAGUUAUCUAUUGCUCUGUAACAAGUCACUCCAACAUUUGGUGGUUUAAAACAACAAAUAUUUAUCUCCUGCAGUUUAUUUGGCUAGGAAUUUGGGAGUGGCUUAGCUAGGGGUGAUUCUGGUCCAGGGUCUGUCAUGGGAUUGUACUCAAGGUGUUGGCCAGUGGUCCCAUCAUCUGGAGCUUGACCAAGCCUGGAGGAUCUGAUUCCAGGAUGGCUUAUGUACGUGGCUUUUGGCAGAAGGUCUCAACUCUUGCUAGGUCUUGGUGGGAGGCCACAGUUUCUCCCUACGUGGACCUCUCUCUAGGGCUGCUUGAGUGUCUUCAUGACAUGGCACUGAACUUCUCCUAGAGUGAGAGAUAUGAGAGAAUGCAAGGCGGAAGCUGUAAUACCUUUAGUCUCAGAAGCCCCACACUGUCACUUCUGCCAUAUUCUAUUCAGGAUUAAGCCCCCCUGCCAUUUGAAUGGACAGCCACCAAAUAAUUUGUGAAUGUAUUUUAAAACCACCACACAUGAUUUUGUAAUUCAGAAGAAAGGUUUGGGCUGGAAAUCAGACAUCAGGAGUUUUGCUCAUAGAUGUUGUGGACUGAGUAGAUGCAUGACCACUUAGUAAAAGUGUAAAGAGGUCCAAGACAGAUCCUUUAGGAAAUCUGACUUGUAGAGGAUCUGCUGUGGAGGAGAAGGAAGAAAUGGAAUCUGGGAAGAUAAGAAUUUUUCAGGCACGGAGUCGUCUUCUCUAUGGAAGCCUAUUGGAAUGUGUAUUUGACCUUCAUUUUUAAUAAUUUGUUCUCUAAAUGAAUGAAGAAUGAAUAAAUGUCAUGUAUAUGUACAAAGUGUUAAUUCUAAGUACGAUUAUUAUUGAAAUGCUUAUAAAAUUAAGAAUGGAAAUCAGCAUUAGGAAUGCAUAAUAACAGGGUGGGAGGUAUUGGUAAAAAAUUAUUUAAUGUCCAGACAAUGAAAUGUCUAUGAAGCCUUAAACAUGAUAUUAUUAAACAAUGUGCAUUGUAAUAAAACAUAUGAUGUAUUUUAAAUAAAUAUAGACUACUACAUAAGGGGAGGUUGCAUCUGGCUCCUGCUCUCACAGCCAUUGCAGUACAUUGAGCUCCAUAGAGAUGGCUUUGGGGCAACCGACAGCCGGAUGGGCACUGGGCGACUCUGUGCCUCGCUGAGGAAAAAUAAUUAAACAUGGCCAAAGGAGAUCCUAAGAAGCUGAGAGGCAAAAUGUCAUCAUAUGCAUUUUUUGUGCAAACUUGUUGUGAGGAGCCUAAGAAGAAGCAUCCAGAUGCUUCAGCCAGCUUCUCGGAGUUUUCUAAGAAGUGCUCAGAGAGGUGGAAGACCAUGUCUGCUAAAGAGGGAGGAAAAUCUGAAGCUAUGGCAAAGACAGACAAGGCCCAUUACGAAAGAGAAAUGAAGGCCGGGCGCAGAAUGAAAACCUAUAUCCCUCCUAAAGGGGAGACAAAAAAGAAGUUCAAGGAUCCAAAUGCUCCCAAGAGGUUUCCUUCGGCCUUUUUCCUAUUCUGCUCUGAGUGUUACCCCAAAAUCAAAGGAGAACAUCCUGGCUUGUCCGUUGGUGAUGUAAAGAAACUGGGAGAGAUGUGGAGUAACACUGCUGCAGGUGACAAGCAACCUUAUGAAAAGAAGGCUGCAAAGCUGAGGAAAAAAUAUGGAAAGGAACUUGCCGCAUAUGGAGCUAAAGGAAAGUCUGAUGCAGCAAAAAAGGGAUUUGUGAAGUCUGAAAAAAAGCAAGAAAAAGAAAGGAGAGGAGAAGAUGAAGAUGAAGAGGAGGAGGAAUAUGAAGAUGAUGAUGAUGAAUAAGCUGGUUCUAGUGCAGUUUUUUUUUCCUUUUAUUUAUUUGCUUUUUGAGAUGGAGUCUUGCUCUGUCACCCACGCUGGAGUACAGUGGCGCGAUCUCGGCUCACUGCAACCUCUGCCUCCCGGGUUCAAGUAAUUCUCCUGCCUCAACCUCCCGAGUAGCUGGGAUUACAGGCACCUGCCACCAUGCCAGGUUAAUUUUUGUAUUUUUAGUAGAGAAAGGGUUUCUUCAUGUUGGUCAGGCUGGUUUCAAACUCCUGACCUCGUGAUCCACCCACCUCGACCUCCCAAAGUGCUGGGAUUAUAGGCGUGAGCCACCACACCCAACCUUUUUUCUUGUCUAUGAAGCAUUUAAUGCCCCUGAACACAACUCACUCCUUUUAAAGAAAAAAAAAAUUGAAGUGUAAGGCUAUGUAAGAUUUGUUUUGAAACCGUACAAUUUUUUUGUGUGUGUGUAGUUAACACACUACCGAAUGCAUCUUUAGAUAGCCCUGUCCUGCUGGUAUUUUCAAUAGCCACUAACCUUGCCUUGUGCAGUAUGGGGUUUGUAAAUUGACAAGGAAAUUUAAAUCAGUUUCUUGUUGGUGCACAGCACAGAUUAGUUAUCUAUGGGGAGGGCAGGUUUUUCAUCUUCAGUUAUCUCUGAUGCAGCUUAUAUGAAAUAAUUGUUGUUCUGUUAACUGAAUACUACUCUGUAAUUGCAAAAAAAAAAAGAGAGUUGUAGCUGUUUUGUUGAAAUUCUGAAUGCUUCUAAGUAAAUACAAUUUUUUUUUAAUUAAAAAUUGCUAUGUAAGGAAGGAGCAGACAAAAGUGUCUAGGAGGAUGUAUCUAAACCUGUUAAUACUGGUUUUCUCUGGGCGGAUGGAAAACGGGUGAUUUAAAUUUCCUUCUUUUGGUUUGUCAGAACCUUCCUUAAUAAAUGUGAAUUGCUUUUGAAAUACAAAUGUUUGAAAAUAUCCCCUCCCAAAAUAAAGAAAAAUAAUGAAAAUAAUGAUACUUGAAAUUCGAUUGAGGGGCCAGGCAUGGUGGCUCAUGCUCACAACCCCAGCACCUUGUGAGAGGCUGAGGUGGGAGGAUUGCUUGAGGUCAGGAGUUUGAGACUAACCUGAGCAAUAUAGCAAGACUCCAUCUCUAAAAUAUAUAUAUUUUUAAAUUAGCUGGGCUUGGAGGCUCAUGCCGUAGUCUGAGCUAUUCAGGAGGCUGAGGUGGGAGGAUUGCUUGAGCCCAAGUCAAAGCUACAGUGAGCUAUGAUUGUGCCAUUGCACUCUAGUCUGGAGCCUCAAAAAAGAACAACAACAACAAAAAAAACUUGACUGAGAAAAAUUAAGGUACAAAAUUUGGCUCUGAACUUCCUGGCAGCCAAGACAAAGUGAUACGAAGAAGAUCUCUGAUCUUUGUCAAGACAGCCUGCUUUAUUCCUGGUCCCCAGAGUGAGCAGAAGUGAUGUACCUUGCCCUCUAAAGCAAUUUCUUUCUUUCUUUUUUAUUCUUUUGAAGUAUUUCUUUUUAAACUUUUAGGUUCAGGGGUACAUGUGCAGGUUUGUUACGUAGGUAAAUAUGUGUCACGAUGGUUGGCUUACAGAUUAUUUAAUCAUCCAGGUAUUAAACCUAGUAUCCAUUACUUACUUUUCCUGAUCAUUUCCCUUCUCCCAACCUCUACCCUCUGACAGGCCCUAGUGCAUGUUAUUCCCUGCUAUGUGUCCAUGUGUUCUCACCACUUAGCUCCCACUUGAAAGUGAGAAAUGCGGUAUUUGGCUUUCUGCUCCUGUGUUAGUUUGCUAAGGAUAAUGGCUUCCAGCUCCAUCCAUGUCCCUGCAAACAACAUGAUUGCAUUCUUUUUUUAUGGCUGCAUAGUAUUCCAUGGUGUAUAUGAACCACAUUCUCUUUAUCCAGUUUAUCACUGAUGGGCAUUUAGGUUGAUUCCAUGUCUUUGUUGCUCUGGAUAGUGCUGCAGUGAACAUAUGUGUGCAUGUGUCUUUGUAACAGAGCAAUUUAAAUUCCUUUGGUUAUAUACCCUGAUAUGGUUUGGCUGUGUCCCCACCCAAAUCUCAUUCCCAUGUGUUGUGGGAGGGACCCAGUGGGAGGAAAUGGAAUCAUGGGGGCAAGUCAUUCCUGUGCUGUUCUCGUGAUAGUGAAUAAGACUCAUGAGACCUGAUGGUUUUAUAAAGAGGCAUUUCCCUGUACAAGCUCUCUCUUUGCCUGCUGCCAUCCAUGUAAGAUGUGACUUGCUCCUCUUUGCUUUCUGCCGUGAUUGUGAGGUCUCCUCAGCCACAUGGAGCUCUAAAUCCAUUAAACCUCUUUCUUUUGUAAAUCGCCCUGUCUUGGGUAUGUCUUUAUCAGCAGUGAGAAAACAGACAAAUACAUACCCAGUAAUGGGAUUGCUGGGCCAAAUAGUAUUUCUGUCUUUAGGUCUUUGAUGAGGAAUUGCUAUGUAGUCUUCCACAAUGUUUAAACUAAUUUACACUCUCACCAACAGUGUAUAAAGCAUUUCUUUUUUUCCCACAACUAACAUCUGUUAUUUUUUGGCUUUUUAAUAACAGCAAUUCUGACUGAUGUGAAAUGCUAUGUAAUUGUGUUUUUGGUUUGCAUUUCUUUAAUGAUCAGUGAUGUUGAGCUUUUUUUUUAACGUGCUUGUUGGCCACAUGUAUGUCUUCUUUUGUUUAAAGCAAUUUCAUAUAAACUACAGAGAUGUUCUAAAUCUUGGGGGAAUUGGAGGGCAUACUUUUAAAUGUAGGUUCUGUGAAGGCAGUUGGGCAGUCACAGGGUGGAUUCUUACAUAUGACUUAGGUAAGUUUUGUGAUUAUUUGGUGUAACAAAGUGGUACAAUUUUUAGUAUCUUGAGAAUACAGUGGUUGAUAUUCUCUUAGACCAGCUUUCCUUCACAUCUCUGGAUGACUGGGCCCCACCCGAUUCCUUAAGCUGGCUGGCAUCAAGGAGUCUGUAUUCCAAGACAGUUCUCCAGGGGAUUCUGAUAUUUAGCUAAAUUUGGGAAUUUGUGCAGUCUACUAUUCUUUUUGACCAUGAUGACAGUUGGGCUUUAUUGAGAAUUAACCAUGUGCCUCUUGCCACAUGCUGAUUAUUAUCUUUAAUUCUCACAGCAAUUAUUUAAGGGCUGUAUUUUUAUCCCCUUUGUAUAUAGGAGGAAAAUAAGUCAUCCAAGGCAUAAAGCAGUCAAAAAGCAGCUGAGUAAAGUAGCUGGGAGUUGGGUUUUACCUAUAAGGCUGUUGGGAUUAAAUGAGAUAAUGUGUACAAAGUGGUUACUUUGUGUCUGGCACAUAGAAAGCAUUUAAUAAAUGUCAGUUUUAUUAUGAGAAAACAUAUGGAUGGAGGCUCUGAUAGCAUCCUCAAUGCAUCUAUCUCACGAUUCCUGUCAUCUGUCCUUCAGUGUUAUGUCUUAGAUCAGAGUUAUAGGAUGUGUGACUAGGGACUGUUGAAUUUCAGGCUUAUUUUAUUUUUGAUUCUUUUAUGAGACAGGGUCUCACUCUGUCACCCACGCUGGAGUGCAGUGGUGUGAUCAUGAGUCACUGCAGCCUCAAACUCCUGGGUUCAAGCAAUCUCCCCCCCCACCCUUUCAAGUAGCUGGGACCACAGGCAUAUGCCACCAUGCCCAGAUAAUUUUUGUACUUGUUGUAGAAGCAAGGUUUUGCCAUUUUGCCCAUUUUGCUGGUCUUGAACUCCUGGGCUCAAGCGAUCCACUCACCUUGGCCUUCCAAAGUUCUGGAAUUACAGACAUGAGUUACUGUACCCCGUCCAUUUCAGCCUUAUUAACAUCCCUUUUACAGAGCUGGAACAUCCAACUCCAACUUAUAGACCAGAAAUAUUCCUGAAUUUCCUUCCUCAGACUUAUCUCAGUGGUGCCAGAUUGAGUUAGGAUUGAGUUUAGCUGCAAGUAAGACAAACCCUUUUAUUAUAGAUUAACUGAGAAAGAACUCAUUUUUCUCAAGUAAGCUUCAGUCUGUAGGUGGGCAACCCAGGGCUGGUUACCUGCCAGGGAAAUUGGCAGCGUCUCUCUUCCUGGAGGAAGCAGAAGGACCCAGGGCAAGAUGUGCAUGCCAGUCAAGUCUGUUAAUUUUUCUCUAGAAUAUAAUAGUUCUUCUGGGUCUUCCACCCAAUAUACUUCUGUCUACCACCAGAUAGAAUUGGGCCAAGUGGUUGUCUCUAGUUGCUAGGUGAGGUGAAUAUUUUAACUGGCCACCUUGCUACAGGGGAAAAAAAUGAGAUUAUCUUGUAAGUGAGAAGGGGAAAAAGGAUGCUUGAGUAGGCAACUAGCAGUAGCUACCACAGUUCACAGUGAGUUCCAGCAAAUGGUUCUCUCUCUUUUUCUUUUUUUGAGAUGGAGUCUCACUCUGUCGCCCAGGCUGGAGUGCAGUGGCAUGAUCUUGGCUCACUGCAACUUCUGCCUUUCGGAUUCAAGUGAUUCUCCUGUCUCAGCCAUCUGAGUGUCUGGGACUAUAAGAGCAUGCCACUACACAUGGCUAAUUUUUAUAUUUUUAGUAGAGAUGGGGUUUCACUCUAUUGGCCAAGCUGGUCUCAAACUUCUGACCUUGUGAUUAACCUGCCUUGGCCUCUCAAAGUGCUGGGAUUAUAGGUGUGAGCCACCAUGCCCAGCCAUAGUGUUCUCUCUUAAAAAUGAUGUCUAGAGGCAUGGUAUCAGUGAAAACAAUUCUGAUUCUAGAAUUCAGGUUACCUGUAAUUAUAUUCUGAAAGAAUGAUAGGUUGAAAAUAUGAGUUUUUAAA